AUGGCUUCAAAAAAUUAUAACACGUAUUUCACUGACCCGGCACGGCUUCAACUGUUUCAUUUAUUGUCACAUACCGACGGUGAUGGAGGCGCGAGCUUACUUGUCGAUGGCUUUUCGGCUGCAGAAGUCCUGCGAGAAGAGAAUCCAGAGAACUACCAAUUGCUAGCAGCAACGCCACAGCCGUUCCAUUCAAGCGGCAAUGAAAAUACCUGCAUCCAGCCUGCAGAGCAAAUGCCCAUUUUCAGGAUCCACCCGCAGUUCAAUUACCUGUACCAAAUCCGCUGGAACAACUAUGAUCGGGCGGCUAAAAAGGAUUGGAGCUUGGAACAGCAGAAUAGAUGGUACAAUGCAGCCCGGCACUUCAACGAUAUCGUCACACGUGAGAAAAUGCAGAUAUGGACCCAGCUAGAGCCAGGAACAGCACUUAUCUUCGACAACUGGAGGAUGCUUCAUGGUCGCUCCGAAUUCACCGGAAAGCGGAGGAUGUGUGGUGGAUAUAUUAACAGCGAUGACUUCGUUUCGCGUUAUCGCCUCUUGAGGUUCGGCAGAGAGAAGAUCCUGAACAACAUAGGUAACUUUUCGAGAAGGGGAAUCGGUAUAUAG